UCCUGUGUCAGCGAUGGGCACAACAUGGACCUGUUGUAAUUUAUCGUCACAUUCUCUUCUCGCAAAACUCACUGAAAAGAGCAAAUUGGGGAGAAAAAGGAGGUGCAGAAUUCACCCCGAAACCUCUCUGAACCCCUCUAAGUGUUUCUCAGCGGUGCUGGUUACUGCAAUGAAUGGCAACACUAUCCAACAAGGGACGACUUCUCCUUCCGUCGCGCAGCCCAGGGGCUGGAAGGAGUUCUGUGAGCUGCACGCCAUCGCCACGGCCAAGGAGCUCGCCCAGCAGUACCGGCGGUUCGCCCGCGAGCGCGGGCAGCACGAUGUCGUGGCGGCCGACAGCUUCUCCAGGCAGUUCGCGGAACUCUUUCAGCAGUAUUUCCGCCACGAGGUCGGCGGGGAGGCCCCGGCCAUGACGGGGCGCUACCGGAUCGCCUCCUUCUCGGGGGCGCAGGACUACCGCGAGGCGCGGAGGCACCCGGCCGAGGGCCCGCAGGCCUUCCUGGCGGUCCUGGCCCCCAAAGUGGAGCCCCUGGUGGCGCCCCGGGAGCAGGAGAGGGGCGUGCGGAGGGCCCCCGCUGACACUAACUGCCCCGCGCGCGCGCUGCCCCGGAGCCGCAGCUCCGAGGAGCCCGCCCCGGCCGGCCCCGGCGUCACGCACUUCUCCAUGAGCCAGAUCCGGCACAGCGUCCGGGGCCUGUUCAAGAAGAGCGGCUCGGGGGACGCGAGAGACGGGGGCGCCGCGGGACCCCCCGAGGACACGGCCGCCUCCGUGCCUUCUGGCCAGCACUGGCUCGGCCGGCUGGCCAGCAGGUUUCGGCAGCAGCGCGCCUCAAGGAGGGGCAAGCCGCGGGAGAGCUGCAAGGAGGGCCAUCUCAAAUACCUUAUGGUGGACGACACUAGCUUGGACACUCUGCCCAACUGGCAACGCUGCAAGUUGAUGGUACGGAAAACUGAAGGGACUGGCGAGGAAUACCUGCUCGAGCUUUUUGAUCCACCAAAGGGCUCCAGUCCCAGGCUGAGGGCCCCCUGCUCUGCUAUUACUGAGAUACGCCGCUGCAACCGCCUCGAGAUGCCAGACAACAUGAACACAUUUGUUUUAAAGGUGAGUAGAAAACGCAGUUUAAUAUUUGAGACUGAUAAUGAUCAGCAAGUGAGCUCCUGGACUACUGAAAUAAAGGAAUGUAUUAACACGGGGUCAGACAGUGCUGACAUGGAGCUGCUAACUUCUCCUCUGAGUGACUUGUUCCCUAGUGCCAGGAGAGGGAGCUCAGAAUCUAUGGGCCAAGGGGCGACGCACUUUGCUGUUGGAGAACAGAUCUACCAGAAGACGGAUCACUUCCUGUCUUCGUACCCCUGGUUCCACGGGCCCAUCUCCAGGGUGAAGGCAGCUCACCUGGUGCAGAUGGCGGGCACGCGGGGCCACGGCGUGUUCCUGGUGAGGCAGAGCGAGACACGCCGUGGAGACUACGUCCUCACCUUUAACUUCCAGGGCAAGGCCAAGCACCUCCGGCUGUCCGUGACAGACAGGGGGCAGUGUCGAGUGCAGCACCUGCGCUUCCCCUCGGUGGUGGAGAUGCUCAAUCACUUCAAGCGCUAUCCCAUCCCCCUGGAGUGCGGCGCCGCCUGCGACGUCAAGCUGUCCAGCUACGUUGUGGCCAGCUCCUCCUCACAAGGGCUCAGUGUCCCCACCACCAUGGUCUUGGUGCCCUUCACUCUCCACCGCUGGAGCUCGGAGCCCAGCCUGGCCCAGGUCAGCGUGGCCAGGUGCCCGCGGGUGCACACACUGGACAGCCUGCACCAGCCCGCGCCCGCGCCCCAGCUGUUCCAACGCAUGGCGCCCCCAGGGGAGGUCGCGUCCCAGAGCCUGCAGCGCAGCGAGUCUGUGGGAACGCAGCCCCAGCGACACAGCCUGCACCGAGACCCAGACUAUGAACUAGAGCCCACCACCAGGGGGCACAAGCGAGCCAUUGACAACCAGUACAUGUUGCUCUGAUGCUCCACGAACCCCUGGGCUGUGGACAGUGUUUUUCACUGACUAGGACUCUGUAUCGGACUUUCAGAGUCUCAAUGAAUGUAUUUAAUUUUUUUAUUGCUCUUUUCCAAGGGACAUUGCUACAUAUUUUGGGAGUGAAAUAUGCCAAUAUGGUAUAAGUUCUCACAGGGAGUAUCUGAACUUCCUCAGGUUUGGCAUCAUUCUCUGUUGCAGGGAAAGUCUUGCUCUUGUUAGGCCUGUUGAAAGGCCCUGAAAAAUGUUUUUUUUCUGGCAUGUCAGAGCUGAAUUUCUCUAAAGAAAUGGUGGAUUUUCAUUGCUGGUUUCUGUGCGAUGAAACUUCUCAAAACCCCCCAGCUUGUUUUGGGCUCCCUGCAGGUGUGAGCCAAGCCUUUACAGGAGCAAGUACCAGGGCCUACUACAGCUGUCCUCUCAGUCACUGGCAGAUUCGUUUUCCAUUGCUCCAGAGCUUAUACAGGAGGAUCGUGCCACAGCUGGCAGCCAUGCCUUCUCUGCUCAUUUGCUACACAUGACUGAAAGAAACCUCACUCCCAUACUGUAGCAGAAAAGCAUUAAGUAUGAUUAGCAUUUUAACACCAUAGAUAAUUAAAGCUGUUUUUUUUUAGAUUUGCUUUUAUUUUCCAAUAGAUCUUUAUCUGUUCUUCUCUCCUUCUUAAUACCACAUUUCACUCAAACUAACACUAACAGUUCAUUUAUGUUUAAAAAAAUAAUUCAUAGUGUUCAUAGUGAACAGCACAGCAGUAUCUUUCCAACAACCCAUCGGUAGUGUAGCAGGGUUUCACGAGCAGGCUGAGCUCCUCCGACACCCUGAGAACAUCGAGGUGAGAACUGGCGCGUGAAGCUUCUCGUCUUUUACUCGAAAAAGACUAGGGGGUUGUUUUUUUUUUGCAAGCACAUAACUUCAUGUUCGCGGAAAACCACGAGAUCUUUUGUUUCUCUCUCUCCGACAGGGCCCAGGAAAAGUUGCAUUCACAGCAAGAAAGUUUGAUACUUACAAAAAGUUUUUAAAGUAUUUCCGCACUAUUUUUACGCAUCUCUUUUUAUCGCAGACCUUCACAGAUGCUCGUCAGUCCUGUGAAUAUGAAUAUGUGGCAUUUGUGCCAAAGCUGCCUUCUACAAUUUUUUUUAACCAAAAGAUUUCUCCUAAAGCCUCCUGCGUGGCUCAUGCAGCCGAUGUCCUUUGACCCGGAGGAAGGUAGGCAGGCCCAGGCUUUCGAGCCAGUGGGCAGGUGGCACAGUGCAGGUUGGUGCUCUUGCCAGGUGACAGGUAUUAGAGCGGGGGGGCGCUCGGCUCGGCUCGAUCACAGCCAGGGUCUUCGCAUCGGCCGCGGCCUGGAGGCGUAGCUGCUCACCAGGCCAGCCAAAAUAUUAGGAGCCCAACCCGUCUGUGUGUGGCACGGGCACGCAGGGGGCACAGUGUGAGCAGGAGGCGAGACAGAAGUGGGAACCUUCCCCAAGGGUGUGCCUUCCUCUGCUGAAUACAGUGUUCCAUAGGACUGGCAGCUGGAGAUUGCUCUGCUCUAAUAAUAAUUAUUCAUAACAAUAAUAAACUCAUGCUCCUGCAUCCAGCCAUUUCCCUACCAGAACACUCCUCCCCCCACCCCCCAAAGUGGCCAGUAGCAUAAGCCCCACUUCAAACCAGCAGGACUUUCAGGAUUCUAGGGCUGGCCUGUCUGACUUUCAGCGGCUGUGAAAACUCUUUUUUCCCCCACAUCUCCCCCCCCAAAAAAUGUGUUCAUCCUUUAGCUGCUAAUGACCCCUACGCCUCUCUGAAUUGAAUGAAGGAAACAACGGUAUAAAUCCUUGCACCAUUUCUACGUUGCAGUUAAUAGAAGGAAAUCAAGCAUAGACAGUACUGCAGAAUUCUGACCUUAAAUCAGUCCUCAAACCUCAGAGUUGUGCACCGUGGAACUUUUGUGCAAUACCUAAGCAUUCCCAAAAGCCUGCAUGUCAUGGCCUACUUCUAUUAGAAAGAUUAAAAUGACUCCGAAGGUAAGAUUAAAUUUAAUUGGCAUGUUUCAUGGCAUCGUCACUUGAAAGCAGAGCAUGUAGAGCUUAUGCUUUAGGUAUACGUUAAAAAAUAUUCAAACGUAUUUGGAAGUAUAUUCAGUUAACUUAGACUGAUGCAAUCAUUUAAAUUCUGAACCAGUUUUAAGAACAAAUUUUUGUGAAUUGUACUUAAAUCUUGAUACUACCUCGUGUACAAUGUUCCACUUGAGUUUUAAGGCUUAUGUUCGAAUAGGGGCCAUGAAAAUGCAGUUGAAGAAUUUCAGUGACAACGAAAACUGAAUUGCAGUUGUCAAUAACUUCAAAAUAUGCCGUUUUGUUCUUUUGUAUUGAAUUAUUUCAGUUUUCUAAAAAUUUUAAAAGGGCCUGUUCCAAAUUUUUAAACGUUAAUAUAUACAUAUUAUGUAGAAGAAAAAUGUUCAUCUUAAAUGAAGUGAAUGUCUUUUUUAAUAUUGAUUUUUACAUAUGUAUGCCAAGGUGUUUGUUUAGUGAAAAUGCUCCAAAACCACCAGAAACCUCACUCUGAUACGCUCGACGGCAGAAUUUGCGUUUUAAUAAAGUGGGUUCUAUUUUUUUUGCUUGGAAUUGACAAUAGUUUGGAAUUGAAAGAGCUGACAUUUUGAGGAAGAGCGGCAAAGUAAAAUGUAUAAAUUCUCAUGGGGAAAAAAUAUUUUACUAUAUGCUUUUGUAGACUACGUUCCAUACAAAACUAUACAAAGAAUGUACAUCCUCUUUAUACUGUUCAAAAUGUAUUUAUAUAUAUUUCUUAAGAACUAGCACUGUAAAAAUUUCUUGACUUGGGUUUAUAUUGUUAUAUUUGCCUUAGUUUCCCAAGUAGCCCUUCUGUUUUUCAGAGAAACCCUGCUGCAUAUAAUACCCCAGUAAAUUAAAUUAUAUUAACUGUAUAUUUGAACUUUUUUAUGAAGCUAACAAUAAAAUCAGAAGUAUUACAAGAUCAAAACAGA